CCAUUCUUGGCCGCCUCCCAAACCUUUUCACUGUUUCUCUCUCCUAGCCUUGUUCAUCUGAACGUGGUCUUCUUUCCUUUUCAUUUCCUCCACUCGCUUUUCUUUCUUCACUCUUUUUCUUCUCCUGUUUGUUCUAAAACCAGCAAAAUUCCUUCAAAAAGAAUGGAGUAAAGCUCCAAAACUCUCCCACUUGUAGUCAACCUGAAGUCAACGGGUCCAGGAUCAAUGUACCGAAUCCCGGCUGUAUUCCGUGCCCGAGUCGACUCAGGGCUGUCUGGGUAUAUAGUUUAAAAGGUAUCUUGUGAAAGAGCUGUCAGCUAGAGACAUUUCGAGGGUAUGGAAUCCUGUAACUGCAUUGAGCCUCAAUGGCCGGCUGAUGAGUUGUUGAUGAGAUAUCAAUACAUCUCAGAUUUUUUUAUCGCUCUGGCUUAUUUUUCCAUACCCUUGGAGUUAGUCUACUUUGUCAAGAAAUCUGCUGUGUUCCCCUACAGAUGGGUGCUGGUGCAGUUUGGGGCAUUUAUAGUUCUGUGUGGUGCUACACAUCUUAUAAACCUAUGGACAUUUAACAUGCACUCAAGAACUGUGGCAAUAGUCAUGACUGCAGCAAAGGUCUUGACUGCUGCAGUGUCGUGUGCAACUGCUCUAAUGCUCGUACAUAUAAUUCCUGAUUUGUUGAGUGUCAAAACUCGGGAACUAUUCUUGAAGAAUAAGGCCGCAGAACUAGAUCGGGAAAUGGGCCUAAUUCGCACACAGGAAGAAACAGGAAGACAUGUUAGAAUGUUAACUCAUGAAAUAAGAAGCACUCUUGAUAGGCAUACCAUUCUGAAGACUACACUUGUUGAGUUGGGAAGAACUUUAGCACUGGAAGAGUGUGCAUUGUGGAUGCCCACACGAAGUGGGGUAGAACUUCAGCUUUCAUACACUCUUCGUCACCAAAAUCCAGUUGGCUUCACUGUACCUAUACAACAUCCUGCAAUUACUGCAGUUUUUGGUACAAAUCGUGCAGUAAAAAUUUCUUCAAAUUCUCCUGUAGCAAGACUGCGUCCUUCUGGGAGGUAUAUGCCUGGAGAGGUUGUUGCUGUUCGUGUUCCGCUGCUGCAUCUCAAUAAUUUUCAAAUAAAUGACUGGCCAGAACUCUCAACAAAGCGUUAUGCGCUCAUGGUGUUGAUGCUACCAUCAGAUAGUGCACGACAGUGGCAUGUACAUGAGUUAGAGCUUGUGGAAGUUGUUGCAGAUCAGGUGGCAGUUGCUCUUUCUCAUGCAGCGAUUUUAGAAGAGUCAAUGAGGGCUAGAGAUCUUCUCAUGGAGCAAAAUGUUGCUCUUGAUUUGGCUAGAAGAGAAGCAGAAACAGCUGUUCGCGCCCGAAAUGAUUUCUUGGCUGUGAUGAAUCAUGAAAUGAGGACACCUAUGCAUGCUAUAAUUGCACUGUCGUCUCUACUACAGGAGACUGAACUAACGCCCGAGCAACGUUUGAUGGUUGAAACUAUUCUCAAAAGUAGUAACCUUCUGGCUACCCUGAUCAAUGAUGUAUUAGAUCUUUCGAGGCUGGAAGAUGGUAGUCUGCAACUUGAUAUUAGUGUUUUUGAUCUUCACGGUCUUUUUAAGGAGGUUCUUAACUUGAUAAAGCCCAUUGCAUCAGUUAAAAAGUUGUAUGUUACUCUGAGUUUGUCACCAGAUUUACCAGAGUAUGCCAUUGGUGAUGAGAAGAGGCUAAUGCAAGUCUUGUUAAACGUUGUUGGCAAUGCUGUAAAAUUCUCCAAAGAGGGAGGAAUCUCGAUCUCUGCUUCAGUAGCAAAAUCUGAGUCUUUAAGAGAUCCACGUGCUCCUGAUUUUUUCCCAGUGCCCAGUGAUCAUCACUUUUAUCUGCGCGUACAGGUGAAAGAUACCGGAUCGGGAAUUAAUCCCCAAGAUAUUCCUAAGCUAUUCACCAAAUUUGCCCAGAGCCAGUCAUUAGCAACAAGAAAUGCUGGUGGAAGUGGUCUGGGUCUUGCAAUUUCCAAAAGAUUUGUUAAUCUCAUGGAAGGGCACAUUUGGCUGGAUAGUGAAGGUCUUGGUAAGGGAUGUACAGCUGUAUUUAUGGUGAAGCUUGGCACCCGUGGGUGCUCAAAUGAAGCCAAACUCCCAUAUUUGGCCAGGGCUACAACAAAUCACAUGCGGACUAAUUUUCCAGGGCUAAAAGUUCUUUUGAUGGAUGAUAAUGGGUAAGUUUCCUGUCGGCGCUCUCAAUAACUUCAUUCUUGCUUGAGAAUUAACAAAGGCUUGUUGAUUAAAUGUGGCUUAGACGCUUAGUGACAAAAUAUUUGCUUCAAUGGGGGUAAUGGAUUUAUGAGUUUGGAAAGAAUGAGUAGUAGGCACAGAAUCAUGGACUCAAAAUUUGUGGGGAAAAAGGAAGACAUAAAAUGAUUGGAAAUUUAUUGUUCAACUUUACGUGAUUUAUCUGCAUAUGCAUAUUGAUUUAUCGCAUGGUAGCAUACAUGGUCCACAUAGUGGCAUGAAACCUUUAUUUUAUUUCAAUUUUUGUUUUGUUUUUGUAGCACGGUUUAUGGUCAAUGUGCAAACAGUGUCUUUCAAGCCCGAUGAUUUUUCUUGAAUUUCUUGCAAAUGGCUACAACAACUAGUCUCAAAUCUCUCUCUGGCCAUAUCUACAACCAUUAUAUGGGUUUUUUUUGGUCUUGAACCUUUCCAUAUGUUUUUUUUUUUUUAAGACCACCUUCCCUGAUGUGAAAGUACACAAAACGAAGUAUAACUGUACAAGUAUGUGGGUUUCAAGAUUUUUCUUUCUUGUCUCGCUGAUCUUUUCGUUUUUGUGCUGUUGCUACAUGACAUCAUUUAUUCCAAAUUUGACAGUACGAUUGCUUUUUUUUUCUUGAAAGGGUUAGCAGGAUGGUGACCAAGGGGCUGCUGGUGCAUCUGGGCUGUGAUGUUACAACUGUCAAUUCUGGAGACGAAUGCUUGAGGGUGAUCAGCAAUGAGCACAAAGUCGUGUUUAUGGACGUAAGUCUACCUGGUUUGGAUGUAUACGAGGUUGCUGUUCGUAUACAUGAGAAAUUCUCAAAACGACGCGAUGGACCAUUCAUUGUGGCCCUAACCGGAAACACGGACAGGGUGACCAAGGAAAGCUGCAUGAGAGUGGGGAUGGAUGGAGUCAUACUAAAGCCUGUUUCUGUAGAUAAAAUGAGAAGUGUCCUAUCCGAACUUUUAGAUCACGGGGUUUUGCUGGAGGCUAAGUAAGUCUUGCAAGAGCUAUUGUUGAUGGGGGCUAUAAAUAAGUGUACAAGAAAACUGUGUUCAAUAUGGAAAAGAAUUUGAAGAAGUGAAGCACCAAGAUAAAGAGAGCUUGUGUUCAUUCCCCUUCAAUACUUUCUUGUAUAUACGGCAUAACUUUUGCCACCGGAAAAUUGAAAAGUAGGGCAAUGAUGCUCAUAGUUUAACAUCUAGUGCAUGCUUAUACACUAUUGUAGAAUCUAUUACUGAGAUUGAUGGCGAUAAUUAUUUGAACUUUGCACGCGAUAAUGGAGAGAUUUUCUUCUUCUUCUUCAACCAUUGUUCAGCGAAGAGUGUGCAAAAUCUUUAGCAGUGAAGAGCCUCUAGGGUGAAGGGCUCAAUCCCUUGUUACACAGGUCACAGGUUACACGGAAAGAGGACACUCUGAGAUUGUGUGAAAUCUGGGCAUAUUCAAGGAACUGAGAAACGUGUUCUUUCACGAGUGACAGGUGGGGAA